GCUCCUAGGGGGGCACCCCCAUUGGGGCGGGAGGGUGGUCCGCCGUGCCCCGGUCGCCGAGUGGCGGAGAGGUGACGGUAACCGCCUUCCCAUUUCCGCCCGGCCGGCAGCGCGGCAGGGUGAGUGCCAGCAGUGAGGGCUCGGUCCUCCCUCCGCCCGCCCGCGCCGGGGGCUGGCCUUGCCUCGCCGGCGCCUUUUUCCCCCGCACCGCGGCGCCGCUUCGCCACUCGGGCACCGCAGGUAGGGCAGGAGGCUGGGGCGCCUGCUGCCCGCCGCCCGUAAGAUGGUCACCUCGGCCGGACAGCUCGCCCUGUUCGCGCUUGGUAUUUUGUUGGCUGUGUGCCAGGCCCUGGAGAACACCACGUCCGCCCUGAGUGCAGAGCCGCCCGUGGCCGCGGCUGUGGUGUCCCAUUUUAAUGACUGCCCGGAUUCCCACAGUCAGUUCUGCUUCCAUGGAACCUGCAGGUUUUUGGUGCAGGAAGACAAGCCAGCAUGUGUUUGCCAUUCUGGGUACGUUGGUGCACGCUGUGAGCACGCAGACCUCCUGGCCGUCGUGGCCGCCAGCCAGAAGAAGCAGGCCAUCACCGCCUUGGUGGUGGUCUCUGUCGUUGCCCUGGCUGUCCUCAUCAUCGCAUGUGUGCUGAUACACUGCUGCCAGGUCCGAAAACACUGUGAGUGGUGCCGGGCCCUCAUCUGCCGGCACGAGAAGCCCAGUGCCCUCCUGAAGGGAAGGACCGCUUGCUGCCACUCAGAAACAGUGGUCUGAAGAGCCCGGAGGAGGAGUUAGGCCAGGUGGACUGUGGCAGCCUGAUGAAGAAAGGACUACUUCAGGACAGCACAACGAGGGAUGCCCGGGACACGCGGCAUGACUUCCUCCUAUGCCUGCAGUCACCUGUGCAGCCCUUUUGUCUUUUGUGGGCCUUCCUUCAAAACUCUGUCAAGAACUCUGUCUGCUUGGGGUUAUUUGGUGUGACCUAAAGAAGAAAUCAGUGGACCACGAUUUAAAGACUGGUCAAAAAAGAACUACAAAGGGGUGGACUACCUGUUUACCUAGAUAAGGUGUGUGCGUCAGUUGGCAUCUGAGCCCAGGUGUGUGUAGUUGUCUUCCGCCAGUCAACACUGCUGGGCUGUGUUUCUUUUUAAUGGGCCCAUCUUCCCCACAACAAUAUGCAUCCUGCCCAACACCAGAGAGUCCUAUAGUUGUUACAGUUUUUUCUCAUCUGCUUAUUGAGGAAGGAGGUGGAGAAAGGUACCUGUUUAUUGUUACGUCAAGACGCCAAGGAUAAGAGGAGCUGUGUCUGUCUUCUGUCCACGAGACUCUCAGCCAGCCCGACGUCUUCCACAGACACAUGAUGUUGAGGACCUUCCCAAGCCAUCACCCCCCUCGGAGAUAAUUUCUUAUUUAUUAGAUGGAUAAUGGUUUUAUUUUUAAUCUCUUAAGUCAAUGUAAAAAGCAUAAAACCCUUUCAGACUUCUACAUUAAUGAUGUAUGUCUUGCUGGCUGAAAAGUUACAUGGAUGAGAAAUCUCUGGCCUGUUUGGAACAGCUAAGGCUUGGGAAAAGCCAUCCAGGGGGCGCAGAGAUGGAAGCAGAAGACGAGUUGCUGAUGGGAGCAAUGAUUGGGGUUCAGAGGGCGUGCCAUUUAACACACGAAGCAGGUAAAAGCCCCUGGAUACAUUCUGGUAGAAGAGUGAGCAAAUCCAGCAGCAGACAUUCAUCACCUCUGUCGGGGGACAGAGGAUGAGAGUGCCUGUGGGUGUCUACCCAGGAUAAGCACAAUCUUACUAGACUGCUCCGUGAUUAAACGUAUUAACUUCGUAGUGAGCCCUCCAAGAGGAUGUUUAGAAAUAGAGCAUUAGCAGAGAGCCACGGGCAUUUGGGGCCACAUCCAUGAAAGGGGGACCAGUCAUUUAUUUUCCAUGUUGUUGCUCGGUUGGUUUGUUUAUUUUCAAAAGGAGAAAUUUAACUUUCCUAUUUAUUUUCAAGAAUUAGAAGAAAUACUCCAGUGAUUUUUUUUUCUUUUCCAGUCAGGAUGCUGGUUUUAUUAACAAACACUCUAACAAGCCAUCUCCACCUUGUGGGUCUCGCUUUCUCCACAGAGAGAAGGAGAAAUUGUUCUCCUGGGCAUCUGGGUACAUUCUGACCCAUUGGGCCUGCCUGUGGGGAGCACUGGUUCCCUCCAGCUGAACAGCAGGGAACUCAUCCCUAGGAAUUUUCAUUAAAAUUUGGAAAC